AUGAACUCAGCACUUAUUCACAAAUCCCACCAUGUACCUGCGGUUCAGCAAAGGCGCUUGUUGCAAAAAGAGAAAAAGAAAAGGUGUGCCAGUUCUCAAAUCUUGAAUAUAGAUCCCUUGCCUUCUUUAUCUCGUGUUUAUGCACAGGUAGCUCAAGAAGAACGACAACAGUUAAUAGUAGAGACGCGAUUGCCUUCUGUUGAUGCAGUAGCAUUCUUGACAAAAAGUUUCAGCAAAUUCAAUAACAAUCGUAAAUCCACAAGGAAGAAAUCAUUAAAGCCAAAGACAUCCAACAAUAUGCAACACAUGGAGAAAACUGAGGGUAACAAUACUGUUCCAAUUACUAGAUCGACGAAUGAACAGUAUGCCCAACUCAUAUCUAUGCUCAACCUUGACAAGAGUCAUGCCUCUACUGCCAACUUUGUGGGUACAGCUAACUUUGCGGCCAUCAUUCAACAUGAUGAGCCAAAAUUCUAUACACAGGCCAUUACAGAUGUUCAUUGGCGAGCAGCAAUGCAACAAGAAUUAGAGGCACUUGAACAAAAUCAUUCAUGGACUUUGGAGCCUUUGCCACCUAGAAAGAAACCUAUUGGUUCCAAAUGGGUUUACAAGAUAAAAUACCAUUCUGACGGAAUAAUUGAGCGAUACAAAGCUCAUUUAGUGGUCAAGGUAGCUAAAUCAUGGGAAUUACACCAACUGAAUGUUCAUAAUGCUUUCUUACAUGGGGACCUUGAUGAGGAGGUGUACAUGACACCACCACCUAGAUAUUUGUCUUCCGCUGACAAUUCAAAUACUUCUCUUUUUACCCAUAGUCAAGGUACUUCCUUUACUGCAUUGCUUGUAUACGUGGAUGAUGUUAUUAUUGCUAGCAAUAAUAGUGCACAUACUAAAGCACUUAAGGAUUACCUGGAUGUUUGGUUUCACAUUAAAGAUCUUGGCCCUCUAAAAUAUUUCCUUGGGCUAGGGGUGGCUCGAUUUCCUGAUGGCAUAGUCUUAUCCCAAUGCAAAUAUGCCUUGGAUAUUUUGCACGAGGUAAGUCUCCUUGGUAGCAAACCUUUCACUUUUCCUAUGGAACAGAAUCACAAAUUGGCCUUGGAUGAUAAUCGAGGUGCAUAUUUAGCUAUUCGUGUCCUUCGAUACCUUAAAUCUGCCCCUGGACAAGGGAUUUUUCUACCAUCAAAAUCCGAUCUUCAACUUCAUGCUUACUCUUGUGAAAUUAUUUGGCUUCGCACUUUAUUACAUGAUUUGAUGGUUCCUAUUUCUUCAUCUGCUCAUUUAUAUUGUGACGACCAUGCUACCAUUCAUAUUGCUGCUAAUCUGAUAAUCCUGAUAUUCUACAGCGGGACUCCAUUAGGAUUUCCUUCGGUAUCUGCUUUUGACUUCUAUUUGCUUUCAAGUCAGGAGUUGAAUGUUGUUUUGUGCUCCAAUGGACAAGAACAUGUCGAUGAAGAUGGUGAUGAUGAUGAUAUCCACAUUGAAGAUUGCAAUGGAGCUGAUGACGAUUCAAUUGACGAAGAAGAAGAAGAAAAUUCUGACUAA